AUGCCGAUACUAUCGAUUGACGACCAACAAAAUGAUGACCAACUAAGUGACGACCAACUAAGUGACGACCAACUAAGUGACAACCAACUAAGUGACGACCAACUAAGUGACGACCAACUAAGUGACGACCAACUAAGUGACGACAAACAAAUUGAUCCACAAGUUGAAAGCCAGCAAGAUGAAAUCCAACAAAACAAU